AUACAGAAUGUAGUUUGAAAAGUUUGCUCAGUGGUGGAAAAUGUCCAAUUUGAAUGAGGAAUGUUCGGCAAUUGACAAUAUAUAUUUGCAAAGCGCUCCACUCGUGGCAAAAGAUCAUGAUCGAGCACUUCUUUCUGCAUUGCACCAGCAACAAAAAUCUGGGAAUUUAUGUGAUGUUUGGCUUGUGAUAGAGAAUGAAAGAUUUCCAGCACACAAAGCUGUACUUGCCUCAUUCAGCUCGUAUUUUCACACUUUAUUUGAAAAUGGACAACAUGAGGAUGAAGCUAAAUCAAAGGCAUGCAAUGUCAAGGAAAUAAUUCUGUCAUCAGUAAAGAAAAGUACUUUUCUGGUCAUUCUCAACUUCAUCUACACAUCUAAUCUUCACGUAGUCAAAGAGAAUUUUAACGAUAUUCUUAGGACUUCAAGAAAAUUACAAAUUUCUGGUAUUGUUGAACUAUGCACAAAAGUGAUAGAAGAUGAAAUUAUAUUACCAACAUUAAUUGAUGCCGAAAAGCCACAAAACAAUGCAGAGGUUGAGGCAGACAAUCAAGCAACCAAUAAAAUUCUGUAUGUGGAUUUGAAUGAUUGUGCUGAUGAGAAUAGCGUUACUGGUGAAAUAACACAAGAUUCUGGUCAGAACUUGGAAAAGGACUCUGACGUUUCCAAUGGCAAUUAUCGGCAACAUGUCACUGGUAAGUCACAUCAUCUUGGAUUUGAGAAGCUUCCAGACACUCAUUCUAAUGGAUGGCCGAUGAGAUCAAGAGUUACGUCAUCUAGCUGUAUCUUACAAUCACCAACCAAUUGCAGAAAUGAACCUCAUUCUAUGGCAGAGCCACUCCAAGUCAGGUCUGUGUAUUCUAUUGCAACACAUACAAAAGGAAAGAAACCAACAGGAUUAGUUACAAAUGCAACAAGUUCUUCCAGUGCAACUCAACCAUGCUUCAGUCACAAUCUAAACGCCCAAAAUUCUAAUGUGAAGGUUCGACCUAGGAAAGUUUACACUUGUUCUCACUGUGAAAAACCGUUCAGCAAAAAAGCCAACCUGCAGCGUCAUAUUUUAAUCAAACACACAACCGGUCAUCGGUAUUCCUGUCCAAAAUGUAAUAAAACAUAUGCUAUCAAGCAAUCACUUCGCUACCACCUAACAACAUCAGAUUGUAUGAAAUUACCAACAUUGCAUCGAGAUACUCCGAGCACUAUAAAUACAACAGAACAACUAACACAGCCAUUAUCUUCUUAUAAUCAUCAUGCAAAUUCGAAUCAUUUGCUUGACUUAUCUUCUCUCGAAAUGCAACAAUAUGCAAAUAUACACAGCAACCAAAAAGUACCAAUAAGUAAUGCUGAAGUGACGCUCAGUAAUGGUUUUCCACAUCAGUCAUCACUGGUAUCAACAAGUGUAGAAGACGUUAUAGCAUUGAAUAUCCCGACCACAGUAACACUGUUUCCAACCAUAGCAAACCUUGAUAUGUCGACAUCGUUUGAUCCAAGUACUAUAGAUGGAACAAUUAGUAAAUUCGCACAAUCAUCUUCAACAUUCUCUCAUUUGUCACAUUCUACUCCUGUCUAUGAACAAAGCACAAACAGUGAUGAUGACAUGCCAACUAUCAGCAGAGUACAAAGUAUCCGACAAUCUUUCCUAUCAGACCAAGGAGAAGGUGAGGAUGACUCUGCUACCAUGACGACACCUUUCAUGAAUGACCAACUAUCCUCACAAUCUGACUUGUCCUCAUGUCCAACUACACAAACUAUGACAACAAUCAUAAAUAGUGCACCUGGUACACCAGUAGAUGGCGAAUGCUCAAGUGGAUCAGUAUCCAAUAUGAAAACAACUGAUGAGCAUACUGACAUAUCAGGAUUGAAUCCUGUUGAUAUUUCAUCGUUUGCUGAUCUGUUGAAUUUGUCUAAUACAGUGGAAGGUAACAGGUACCAUCCUAUACAACCUGCACUCGCCACAACACACAGUUAUGAUUAUCCCAGCAAUGCAAAUCAUUUUCCGACUACAGCCAAUGCAAAUAUAAAUAUUGAUAAUAAUGUUCAUGUUUGUGUGACUUGCAAUCACUUGUUCUCAUCCAUGGAAGCAUUUGAUCAACACAAAAGGAAAUGUUGUAAAUGUCCGUUCUGUAACAGACUAUUCACAGCGUAUAACAAUAUGAAGAGGCAUAUCAACAUUUUCCACAUCAAGCAGAAACCCCAUAAAUGUAAAGUAUGUGGCCGUGCAUAUGGCAUCAAACAAAGCAUGCGGAUUCAUAUGCUCAACAAACAUGGGAUCCCAUUCAUCACAAGGAAAUAUCAGUACAAGAAUAGAGAUUCCAAGAUUAUCUAAGAUUUCCAUUCAUACAAGGAAUAUUGUGUAGUUUUUGUUCUUUCCAUUAACUGGAGCAUUAUUGUGUUAUAUUAUUUUGUGCAAUAUCUACCGACUAAACUGCUA